GAGUCUACUGUAACUUUAAGAGUCGAGGGAGCAGCACACUGACAUGCACACACUAUAUCUGGGUGUGACACAGUUCAUAGUAGUCAUUUCUUACUCCGCGUUUGUUCGCACCAUGUCCGCCUCUGAGUGGAAGACGAGAUGUGAGAAAGAGUGGGGUCUGCAGGGAGCUCCACUGCCCGACACUGUGGACUGGAAGUCCACGUUUGAAGCCAAACCGCUGGGGAGGAAUUUACUGAAGAACCAUUCACCUCACGGCGUGAGUAAGGAUGGGCCUCCCCCUGAGCCGGAUCUGCCUGAGAGGCCGGACCAAGGACCUCCUCGAUUUGAGCCCGAAGGCAAUUACACCGGAUGGACCACGAGUACAGAAACCCUCCCCUACGACUCCAGUGGCAUCCCAGCAGGUGCUGUUAUCUGUCAGCUGGGGCGUUACAGCUGGUUCUCCAUGGAGCAGGUUGUGGACCUGAAGGCUGAGGGACUGUGGGAGGAGCUACUGGAUGAGUUUCAGCCUGAAAUAGUCAUCCAGGACUGGUAUGAGGAGAGUCAGCUGCAUAACAACAUCUACGAGCUGCACGUGAAGUUACUCGCUGCAGACAAAAGCACGGUGAUCUCAGAGCACUCUGUCCAGCCCCUCGAGGACCGCAGCACUUACUCACACAACUGGAAGGAGGUGUCACACGUGUUCUCUGGUUAUGGACCCGGGGUGAGAUAUGUUCACUUCCUGCACCGGCUGAAGAACAUGUUCCUGAAUGGGUUCCACCAAACUCUGUUCACCGGCAGCUCAGUGAUUGUCAAGCCAACAAAAACCAGCUCUUAGACUGGAUCUUCCUGAAACCUGCAGAGCACAUACAUGUAAACAAGCUAACACAUUCAGUAUAACCAGCAUGAUCAACACAUAAACACCAGAGUCUAGUUAUUCAAUGAUUUUACUGCACUUACAAACAUUACAGUGUGCCUUCAUCAGUGCUUUUAUAUGCAGUUUUUAAUCUUUUUAUGCUGAUUAUUCUGAUUUUGCACUUGCUUAACUAUUUGUGCAAUAAUAAAGAACUAUUUCCUGAA